AUGGGCGAAAAGAUUUUCUUCCUCCCUUCAUUUUUAUGCCCGCCACCACCCAAAAAGAAAAAAAAAAAAAAACUCCGUCCAUCUCCACCGGCGACUCCCACGUGUCCUUCAUCGACCCAUAGCCAUCGCUCAUCGCCCCUCAUUCGAAGCCCUAACUUCAUUCCUACUCACCGUCUCCACCGGCGCAGCCGGUUGCUCUCUCCGGUCACCGCCACGUCGGCUUCUCCCGCAGGAGGCUCAUCUGCUGUCACUUCUGAGGGGUUGACGAAUUCAUUGGAAAAUGUUAACGUUUUUGAUUUGGAGGGAAAAGCAGUUAAAAUUAGCGACCUUUGGAGAGGCAGGAAAGCUGUAGUUGCGUUUGCUCGACAUUUUGGAUGUGUUCUUUGUCGGAAAAGGGCUGAUCUUCUUGCAUCGAAAAAGGAGGUGAUUGAUGCAGCUGGAGUUGCACUUGUUUUAAUUGGGCCUGGAAGCAUUGAUCAGGCAAAGACAUUUUCUGAGCAAACCAAAUUUCCUGGAGAAAUUUAUGCAGAUCCAGACCAUUCAUCAUAUAAUGCACUUAAUUUCGUUUAUGGUGUAUCAACCACAUUUACUCCAUUGGCUGGUCUGAAGAUCAUACAGUCAUAUAUGGAAGGAUAUAGGCAAGACUGGGGGCUUUCUUUUGAAAAGGACACCAGGACUAGAGGUGGUUGGCAACAAGGAGGACUUCUUGUAGCAGGUCCUGGGACGAGUAACAUAUCAUAUAUCCACAGGGACAAAGAAGCUGGAGAUGAUCCGGAUAUGGAAGAUGUUAUUAAAGCAUGUUGUUUAUAGAAAUCCUCUGAAUCCUUGAAUAUACGUGAAUAUUGAUGUCAUAUACAUGAAAAUAAAAAUAGUGUAUUUGUAUAUGAUGGUACAGUAUAAGCAGAGCUCCUGUGACAAUGAACACGAGGUUAGUAUCCUGGUUUUAUCCUCAAGCUGAGAUCCGUCCGAAGGGCCAUUACUGCAUAUCGACAUUGUAAUAAAGGAUGUUAACAAUUUCUUGUCACCGACUCUUGUGUAGUAUAUUUCUGAUGCCUGAUAAUAAUAGAACUGUUAUUAGGAUGGACUCAUUGUAAAUCCUUGAUCAUUUUGUUAAUGCAUAAACAUGCCAAAUUAAAUAAAGCAGCCGAAUUAAUGAGUUAA